AUGGCCAUGGACGGCGAGAGCGGCCUACGCGUUCUAUUCUUUCCUUCCCACAGGGUUAACCCAGAUAAACUCAUUGCCCAGCAUGGUGAGGAUUUCAUGGCGGAUGGAAGAAUAGCCUCUCUUCUUGCGGCAAAUGGAAGACUUGCUUCCGAAGUCUUCAAGCAAAUGGUGGAGAUCCAAAAGGUAAUGGCACAGAGCCAAAAGGCAAUGGUGGAGAUGCACAAAGCAAAGGAAGCCAAGCACACAGAGGAGCUGAAAGCACAAGCAGUCAAGCACAUCCAGGAGAUGGAAGCACAGACUGCGAAUUACCUUGAGAAAAGGAAACGGAUUGACGCGGAGUGGAUAGAUAUUGCUGUUUGA